AUAUAAUUAUGUCACGCACUGUACCCAAUGUGCGACCCGUCUGACAGCUGCCAAACGGGCAGAAUCAAAACAUUGUAUAAUCGUGUGCGGGUUUUUGCAGCUAAAAUUUGUUGAUGGUCACAAGAGAAUGUUCCAUCACCGGCAUUUUCAGGGAGUUGCCUCGCUGGCACGCAGUUUUAGCCGUAUCGCACUGAAAGAACCUUCACGAAAUGCUGCCUUACCGAUCGUUUCGACUGCCCUAACGAGUACGAACAAACCGAAACAGCUGACCCCAGCUGAACACGGUUCGGAUGGUUGGCUUCCGAUUCGUCCUGUACAGUUGCGCUCGUCGGUCGGAACGUUCGAGAUAGGCAAUAGUGUAAGAAGAAACCCACUAAUCCCAUUGAAAGAAAUCAUCGACAUUCCGCUUGUGUCGCGUAUUAUCGAAAGCCCCGUACAGCGUCCCGGUACGCAGGGGCCGAUCGGAGACAACCUAGCGGUAAUACCGUCCCUAGAGCUACCCACCGACACGACCGGGAAGGAUGAAAACGGCAAACAAGCGGCCCGCUUAAUCGUCAUCCGAAGGCGUAAGAUGCGUAAGCACAAGCUGCGAAAGCUUCGCAAGCGCAUGAAGUUCGAAUGGUUAAAGAUCCGACAAAGACGAGAGCUGAAGAAGGAGAAACUCUUCCAGGCGGAGCUGUUGGGCCAGAUAAGGGAGGCGGAAAAGUUUUCCGCUGAAGCGUACGUGGCCAGCAAGCUAAGGAAGGCGACCGACGAACCAUUGCCACGGUUCUGGAAGGGCAAACGGUUGCCACAGUUCAUCAUUAAGCAAAAGCUGGGACUGCAGUAGAAACUGUUCGCUGGUAUUGCAGUGAAUAAAGUAUUUUAUGCGUGCGGCGUUUAUGUAGAUCGUUAUCGUAAAAGGGA